AUGGAACGCAGAUGCUACGAGUUGUAUCCCUUCCGUUUGUCAAGUGUGAUGAAUACCUUCUGGUUUAGUGAUACUAAUUUUGUCUAUUUUCAAGGCGAUGAGGCUAAAUGGACGGCUACUAUACAGCACCAUUAUGCAGAAUUCUGUGUGUCAUCGGCUGGUAAACCUAUGGACACAUUUACGUUAGCAUUGCCAUCAGUUGGUGUCAAUGGAGAAUACACCGUUGACAAGGAGGGAACGGCACCAGCAACAAAUAAGGCGCUUCUCUACCGCGAGGGAGGCUACCUGAAAGUCACUAUCACGCUAGGCCAAGUAAAUCACUCGUUCACAACUGAUCUCCUGAACCAGAUCCUAUUCGCUGAGCAGUCUUUCCGUAGCGAACUAUCCGCGCUAAUCACUCGAAUCAGGGCAGAACGAUAUGGAUGGUUACCGGUCUCAAAUCAUGCUCCUCAAACCGUGAGCAAAGAACCGAUGCUAUUGUUCUCCCUCAUGGUGAAAGGACAGGGAGUGCCCUGGUUACAACUCACGGCAGCUACUCCGACAGCAACUGCUGUUCGUUUUACUAUUGAGAGCUUGGAUGCCGAGUUGACAAAUCGUUGGGUAGGUAUAGCGCUUUAUCCGUGGGAUAGUUGUAAAUUAUAG